GCAUUUACCUAAAGAAAAAGAUUAGGGAUUGGUAUAUUUCUGUCAUUCAUUCUGUUAUUCCAUUCCCAUAAAGAAAACAGAUCUCAUUUAAUUCAUGAAACAUUUAUACGCAACACUCACAUGCCCAAGAAAAAGUGCCCCCCUCCCCUCCCCUCCCUUGCCUGCCUGGGUCUACUAACUACACUCUAAUAAAUUAAUAAUUCAAAUCAAAUCAAGUAUUUAAUUUGUUAUUUAUAUUUAUAUGGUCUUGAAAUUGCUGAAAAUGAAGAAAUAGCAAAAUGAAACGUUGCUUCUGAAUCUUUCAUCAUCAUAAUCGGUUGUCUUCGUCGUCGUAUUCGCCCCUCUCUCUCUCUCUCUCCUCUGUUUCUCUCUCUAGCAUUAAAUUUUGUCCAACACAUUCACCCAUGUGAGAUCUAUGCCCACACCACACCUCAUUCUUAUAAUCAUAAAUUCAUAAUCAGCACCUUUUCAUUGAUACCAGUGGCGGAUCUGCAGCUGCUGCGCACUUCACACCUUUUUUUUUCUUCUUCUUCUUCAAAUUGAUAAUCAGCAAAGUGGCUAAUCGCUUGCUUCAUACUCUACUAGUAAUAAUCAGUGACAGUUGAGGCAGAAUCAGAUAGUUUGAAAGAAAGAAAGAAAAAAAAAUGGAAGGGGAGAAGAAAUCAUUAGCGGUUUCGGAUGUCGGUGCGUGGGCCAUGAAUGUCGUCAGUUCUGUUGGAAUUAUUAUGGUAAAUAAGCAACUUAUGUCCGCCAACGGAUAUGCUUUCAGCUAUGCGACAACUUUGACCGGUUUCCAUUUUGCUGUCACCGCACUUGUUGGCAUGAUUUCAAAUGCUACAGGCUUCUCUGCAUCAAAGCACAUUCCUCUUUGGGAACUUCUGUGGUUCUCAAUUGUUGCAAAUAUGUCUAUCACAGGGAUGAAUUUGAGUCUCAUGCUAAACUCAGUCGGAUUUUACCAAAUCUCAAAAUUGAGCAUGAUUCCAGUUGUCUGUGUAAUGGAAUGGAUCCUUCAUAGUAAGCAGUUUACAAAAGAAGUUAAAUUAGCCGUUGUGGUUGUAGUUAUAGGUGUGGGUGUUUGCACUGUGACAGACGUCAAAGUAAAUGCCAAAGGUUUUAUAUGUGCUUGUGUUGCAGUUUUCUCAACCUCUUUGCAACAAAUCUCAAUAGGCUCAUUGCAGAAGAAGUAUUCAGUUGGAUCAUUUGAACUAUUGAGUAAAACAGCUCCAAUUCAAGCAGUCUCUCUCCUUUUAUUGGGUCCUAUAGUCGACUACUAUCUUUCGGAUAACUUAGUACUGGACUACAAGUUCACUUCUGGAGCAGUGUCGUUCAUAGUGCUAUCAUGUUCUCUAGCUGUGUUCUGCAACGUGAGCCAGUACCUCUGCAUAGGAAGAUUUUCGGCAGUUUCGUUCCAAGUACUAGGGCACAUGAAAACGGUGUGUGUGCUGACAUUGGGUUGGCUGCUUUUUGAUUCGGAGUUGACUUUAAAGAAUAUAAUGGGAAUGGGUGUUGCAGUGAUUGGUAUGGUUAUUUAUAGUUGGGCAGUUGAAGUUGAAAAACACGCACACGCACACGCACAUGCGAAGAUUUUAGCGCCCCACCAUGUAAAGAACAGCUUAACAGAAGAGGAAAUCAGAUUACUCAAAGAGGGAAUUGCAACAGCUCCUCCUCUUGUUAAGGAUAUUGAGCUUGGACGCCCAAUCUAACAAAUAUCCUGAUUUCCAAUAUAUCAAUCGUAAUUUGUCUCUAGUCGAAAAUGUAGUUUGAAUUUCUGAAAGGGAAGAUGUAAAAGAUGCACAUUGAAAUUAAAUAUUCAUAGUUAAAUCCGUUCUAUGUU